AUAAAAGUCCCCGGAAACAUUGUUUGUAAACAGACGUUUGCGUUUUAUCAUGCUAACUUGGUAUACACAUUUAUCUUAUAUCUAAAUGAUGCCGAAACUCUCUGAGUUAAAGUUUACAGAAAAAUCUAGUACUCUCCCCGGAGGAUUUUGGUCCGCCAUUGACGUUUGGAUAAAGAAACCACAUGUUGUCAACAAACGUAUUUGUGGAGUCAAGGAGACAGAGGGCAGGAAUGUGGGAUUUGAGGAACUUGGAAACAUUCUGCUAGCACAUGGAAGUGAUAUUUCAGAGUCAAAUGAUGUUUUUUCUUUCUUGAAUGGUGGUGUUGAACUUAAACUUGACAAGGAGAGACUCUGGUCUAUGUGUAUGAGAACGUUUAUUCCUAAAAUAAACUGUUAUGGCACAAGUGUACACAAAGAAAUCAUACUCAAAGACUACGACUCUCAAAGAGUAAGCUUCUUACCAGUCGAAGAGUCAGCAGAAGGGACAGCAUCUCUACGGAAGGACAACAUUUAUCAAAUGCACCUUCUGGCUGGGAUCAACGAUGAAUGGACAGUGGAGAUGCACAUUCUGCGGGCCGACGACUGGUACAGCGACGGGGUGGCCUAUCCCAAGUUGGCCUGGCUGAGUGGCGAGUUGCUGCCCAAACUGGCACGCUGGGCUGCGGACAGUAAGACCAGCGAGUUCAGGAGCACCCUGUCCCUGCUCCCUAUAGAGAAGUACAGUCAAAUGUAUCAGCAGCUCAAGGACAAGUACAAGGAUAUGGUCAAGGUCUGGCCUGAAGUGACAGAUCCAGAGAAGUUUGUCUUUGAAGAUGUUGCCAUCGCUACCUAUCUUUUGGUUCUGUGGGGCGAGGAACGUGCCGAGAAGGGUCUGAUGGUCAAACAGUCCUUUGUGGAUCUAGGUUGUGGAAAUGGUCUCCUGGUUCACAUACUAAGCAACGAAGGGCACCCUGGAAAGGGCAUCGAUGUGAGGAGAAGGAAGAUCUGGGAUAUGUAUGGCCCCGAAACAAUCCUGGAGGAAACUGCAAUCACUCCCAGUGAUGGCUUCUUAUUCCCGAGGACAGACUGGCUGAUUGGAAACCACUCCGACGAGCUCACACCCUGGAUCCCCGUCAUAGCAGCCAGGUCUUCCUUUUCCUGCCGGUACUUUGUUCUGCCCUGCUGCUUCUUUGACUUCUAUGGGAAGUAUCAGCGGAGACAGUGUAGGAAAUCCCAGUAUAAGGAAUACAUUGACUUCAUCUCUGAGGUCAGCACAGCCUGUGGGUUCAACACAGAGGAGGAUUGCCUGAGAAUCCCCUCCACAAAGAGGGUGUGUCUGGUGGGAAAGUCAAGGAGCUACCAGCUGCCGGAUGAACUGCAGGCGGAGGAGUGGCGAGCCAAGUAUAUACAGAGUCGUCAGACCUGCUCCGGGGCUACAGUUCAAGGGUCAAAUGCCAAGGGAGAACCAGAGUGCCACCUCUACCACUUAGAGACUGCCCGAUCCCAUGGGAACGACUGGGGAGCAGGAUUCCAGCCCAGAGGACGGAUCGAGACUGUCCGGAACUGCGCCGGCCUCCCCCGGGAUUUCAUAGAUGAUAUAGUCCUACGAGUUGCGAACACUUUGCUGGGGUUGACAGAGGACGAAGGCGCCUGGAACACAGGAGGCAGUCUGCCUGUGAGAGGAGUGGCUGAGCUGUUACAACAGGAGACUCUGCAGGUUCUGAAAAAAGAGUGUGGAGGUCUACAGACCUUGCUAAAGAACAACCACCAGGUAUUUAGAGUGGAAGGCGGCAUGGUGCAUAUCCGGGACUGGCGGGUCCCGGCCCAGAGGCCCAGGGGGCUGCAGGGUUUCCGGGCCGAUGCCAAGCGGAGGUCCGUACUUACCGUUGCCCUGAAGACCCGGUCCUGCUGGUUCCACGACCACCACCCCCAUGGAUGCCCACUGCAGGCAGACGAAUGCGCCUUCGCCCACGGGUCCUCCGACCUCCGACCUUCCACCAGACCGCUCAAGAAAAUGAAGAACUCUAAUUGAGCGCUCAGUUUGGUGUGGAUCUUAAUUGCAAUUUUUAAUUCCUAUUUGUAUUGUUUUUUUAUUUUUAUUUGGAAUUGAUGCUGUGAUGCGUAAUUCAUACUUGUGAUUGUAAUGUUACUUUGAGAGCAAAAUCUGGUUAUAUUUGGCACCUUUUUGAUUUUAUUAGCAGGCCUUGCUAUUUGGUUUGCACGUCACAAAUAUAGCACGUCACAGAUACGCAGUA